CUUCCCGCCUAUUUGCUAUCAAAAUGGACGAUAUAUAUUCUUAUAUUGAUUAUUAGGUGCGUUAAGAUAGAAUGGUAAUGAUAAUUAAGAAAAUAGGUGACUAGAACUCAUUUAUUAUAAGCAUUUCCUAAUAAAAGACUUCAAGCUAUUUAGUAUUUCUUGUGUUUCUAUUCAUUUUAGAAUUUUUAAUAAAUAUUAUGAAAACCAUAUUGAUGAAGUUGAUGCUGUUUUCACUGUUUUGUAAAAAUCAAAUGAUGGAAUUGGACUUGUUAGUUCAUUAUUAUCUGCAAAUCAAAUUAAUAAAGAUAUGAAAAUUUAAGAUAUAUCAUUAUAUGCUUUGGCUGAUAAAAAUUAAAUUGUAGAUGAAGACCUUUUUCCACCUGUGUUUUGGUAUUCUAAUUCAAUAUAUAUAUUUUUAGUGGAUAAGAACCUUUAAAAGUUACAGUUCAUGAAGUCAAUUUAUCAAGUUUAGUUUAAGCUAUGGUAGUAGAAUCAUAAAAAGUAGUAGUCAAUAAAAAAGUAGAUGGAUUAGAUCAUAAAAGAAAAAAUGAUUCUUCAGAUAUAAAUACUUAAGCUAAUUUAUAAAAAUAACUUAAAUCAGCUGAUCCUAUCUAAAAUAAUUCCUUAAAAACAAUUAAUGAAAAUAAUAAUAUAGUCUAAGAAACUAUUGACAAUGAUUCAAAAUUAAAGCAAGAUCCAGUAAUUAAAAAACCUAAAAUUAUAUUAAAGAGCAAACAAUAAAAUUAAUCAUAAAGUUAAAAUCCUUAAAAUCAAAAUAAUGAUACUAACUAAUUACCUAUCAUUGAAGAAAUAGUUAUUAAAAAUGAUCCCAUAAUUGAAGAACCCAUCAAAGACAUUAAAAAAAAUAUCUAAGAAAUUUAGCCUUCUUAACCAUCAAUGAUAUAAACUAAUAAAACUUCAAAACCAAAAACUUAAUCAGCAGGAGUUGGUUCUAUGAAAUUAGAAAACUUUUUCAAAAAAAAAUGA